CUCGUCUCCCUUUCAACAUCGACAUCCCUCCCUCUUUCUCCCUGUCUUUUUCCUUGUCUCGGCCACUGGCCUAGGAUUGGACGUCGGACCUCAAACAAAGGGAUUCAUUCGAUUCUGUCAUUCUAGCCUUCCCUUUUCCGUGCCAGUUGAUAUCACGUACUCCGUACAUUCCACGCCGUCCUCCACGAGUACGAGUGUCCACGAGUCCAGUGGUCUUCACGAAAUUCCUUACGCUCCCGCUCACCGCUGUUGAGCCAACAAAGCCGAAGCCGAAGCCGAAGCAAAACCAGUCACAUUCUUCCCCCUCGAUCCUCCCGAAUCUUCAAUUCCUUCAAUUCACACACCGGCCUGCGUCUCGAGGCCGCGAACAUGGGUGACAGGGAUAGGAAUCAUGACGAGGGAAACGAGGCCCUGGACCCCCAAGUCCUCUACACGAAGGAGUAUUGCAUCGGCGGCGGAAGCUUUGGCAAGGUCUACAAAGGCGUAGAUAAACGUACCGGUCAGGCUGUCGCCAUCAAGAUUAUCGAUAUUGAAAGCGCUGAAGACGAGGUCGAGGACAUUAUCCAGGAAAUCGCCAUUCUUUCCGAGCUCCAAUCCCCCUACGUUACGAAAUACUAUGGCUCGUACGCCAAGGGCGCCGAGCUGUGGAUUGUUAUGGAGUUUUGUUCUGGCGGGAGCUGUGCCGAUCUCAUGAAGCCGGGCAAGAUAGGGGAGGAUUAUAUCGCUAUCAUCCUGCGGGAGCUUCUUCUUGGCCUCGAAUAUCUUCAUUCGGACAAGAAGCUGCACCGGGAUGUCAAGGCCGCCAAUGUCCUCCUCAGCUCGACCGGCCUCGUCAAGCUGGCCGAUUUCGGUGUCUCGGGCCAGCUCUCCGCCACCAUGACCAAGAAGAACACCUUUGUCGGCACCCCUUUCUGGAUGGCCCCCGAGGUCAUCAAGCAGUCCGGCUACGACCACAAGGCCGACAUCUGGUCCCUCGGCAUCACCGCCCUCGAACUCGCCAACGGCGAACCGCCCUACGCCGACAUCCACCCCAUGAAGGUCCUCUUCCUCAUCCCCAAGAACCCGCCGCCCCGCCUCGACGGCAACUACACCAAGGCCUUCAAGGAAUUCGUCGAGCUCUGCCUGCAGCGCGAUCCCAAGGAACGCCCGUCGGCGAAAGACCUGCUCAAGCACCCUUUCAUCCGCCGUGGCAAGAAGACGAGCUACCUGACCGAGCUCAUCGAACGCCACAACCGCUGGGCUGCCAACCACAAGGGCGACGAAGAAGAGAACAACAACCCGCCGGGCCCCGUCGAGGAGGACUACCACCACGCGCGGGAGCCCGUCGACGAGGACAUGUGGGAUUUCGGCACCGUGCGCUUGGUCGGCGAGCGCGGCGGCGUCGUCGUGCACCGCCCCGGAUUAUUGCAUCCCAUGGACGACGCCGCCACCAACGCGCGGUCGAGGCCACUCGAGCCCGACGCUGCCGACUGGGGUGGCCGGGACGGCAGCCCGACCAAGACGCCGCGUGAAGGAGAUUUUGCGCAGCUGGCCGCCGCGGUAGCCGCCGCCGACACUCUGAAGGUGAACACUGGCACCUCGAGGCAGACGUCCCCUCAGCGGAAACAGGUGGUGGUGCCUACCAUGGUUGCGCCGCCGCCGCAGUCUCCGACCAGGGUGCCGUUGCCUGCGUCGCCCGAGAAGCCGCAGCCGCCGCAUCCACGGGGUCUGGAGACGCCGAGGCCCGCUACCAAAGCCAUGCCUCCUGUUCCCGUCACCCGGUCUCCGGAUUACGAUCGAGAGCUGCAGGCCCAAUUACAACGGGAUAUCGGUCUGCUUCAGCUUAGCCAGGCCAUCCAGGAGGCGGAUGACCUUGACAGCAGCCAGGCCACGCCGAGACCCCCGCCGCAUCAACACCCGCUGGCCCCAUACUCGCAGCAACCCUCGUCUCGACCCGGCUCCAAAAUGGGGCCCAUCACCCUACCGGAAAUCCCCCCUUACAGGGGCGGCGGCGGCGCAACAUCCCAGCCGCCUCCGCAGAUGCAACCCCUGAACAGACUAGCCGACGAGUCGUCAUCAUCCAUGACGCCCUCGUCUCUGUCCACCUCUACAUCCGCCGCCGCCGCCCCAUGCAAACCGCCCGCGUUCACCUCCAAAGCCCAACCGCCCGAAAUCACCAACCCGACGUCCUUCCCGUCCCCGGCGCCCGCGAACGCCAACGGCGAGCUGGACGCCCUCAACGACGUCAUCUUCCCGGCGCUCGAAGAGGCGCUCAAGCGCCGCCAGAUCCGGCUGCAGCAGGUGUACCGGCCGCCGUUUGCGGCGGCGCCGGCGCAGGUCACGCCGCGGCAGCAGCGGGCCGAGGCGGCGCACGAGAAGCUGCGCAAGCUGGUGUACAAGCUCGCGCACGUGUGCAAGGAGAUUGACCACUACGACAAGGCGGAACCGGUGGGGAUGGGGCGCGACGUGGGGACCUUUUUGGAGGGGUUAUUGGAGGAGAUUUUGGUGAGGGUUGAGCCGUUGGAUGAGGAGGAGAUGGGGGUGAACUAA